AUGGCUGGAAGAGGUGGAAGAAACGAUGAAGCACUUGAUGAGGCUUUAGGGAUGCUUGCUGGUGUGCUGGGAGAAAAUCUCAAUGGAGCAGGAAUUGAUGAUAAUAGGAAACUGGGAGAUUUUCAAAGGAACAACCCUCCAUUGUUCAAAGGCACAUACGAUCUUGAAGGUGCUCAAAAGUGGCUGAAAGAGAUUGAAAGAAUCUUCCGGGUGAUAGAUUGUGCUAAAAAUUUGAAAGUGAGAUGUGGUACUCACAUGUUAGCUGAAGAGGCUGAUGACUGGUGGGUUGCUACCAAGACUGAAUUGGAAGCUGAUGGCGGAGCAAUUACUUGGGCUGUCUUUAGGAGGGAGUUUCUGAGGAAGUUUGCAGAUUUGGUAGAUUGUAGUAGGAUUUUCGAGGAAGAUAUCAACAAGUCAAAGUCAUCACACUCUCACGAGUUGGUUGACAAGAGAGUAAAGAAGCAUAUGGAUCGAGGUAAACCGUAUGGCAGAGGCAAUCCUAAAGCUGUUGGUUGGAAAAGGCCUAUAGGGGAGACUUUAAUGCUCCUAAUGAAGACUGUGACUUGCUACAACUACGGUGAAGAAGGUUAUAUUGGUCCACAGUGUACUAAACCAAAGAAGAACCAAUCUGGUGGGAAGGUUUUUUCUUUGUCUGGAUCAGAGACUACUCUUGAGAAUCGGUUGAUUAAAGUGAAAAAGAAAGAGGGUUCUAUGAGAUUGUGCAUGGAUUAUAGACAGUUGGACAAAGUUACUAUCAAGAACCAGUAUCCAUUGCCGAGGAUUGAUGCUUUGACGGGUCAACUGGUUGGAGCAUGUGUAUUCAGUAAUAUUGAUCUGAGGACAAGGACAAGGUAUGGUCAUUACGAGUAUACAGCAAUGCCUUUUGCAGUGACUAAUGCACCCGGUGUUUUCAUGGAGUAUAUGAAUAAGGUCUUUCAUACUUAUCUUGAUAAGUUCGUGGUAGUGUUUAUUGAUGACAUUCUGGUCUACUCCAAGAAUGAGGAGAGCAUACGGAACAUCUCAGAGUUGAGUUGGAGUUGUUGA